GGUGGAGGUCAGAGGCAGCUGCUGGAGUUUCUUGGUUUGUGUGUGUCUGAGUGAAGUUACCGUUACCAUUUUACUAUGUGUGUGUCUUAUAUUACAGCCAUGCUGCACAUCAAUGGCCAGAGAGAGGGGAGAAGGGAGGAAAAGCCUGUUUACACAGACUGCAAACCGCCUGGGGAAUAAUGCAGGAAAGGAAGUGAGCCGGCUCUCUGUCUGACUGCUCCAACUUCCUGCUCUCUCUCUCGCUCACACACACACCCCAACCAAAGGGGGGGAAAGAGCGAGCGAGAGAAAGAAACAAGGGGGGGAAAUCAGGAUCUAAUUACAAGAGCAACAGAGCGUUUUAGAGGACUGUCAGCAUGGAAAACCAGGGGAUUUUAAACGGCUCCCUUUAAAACUGGAAGAAGAGGCUGGAAAAGCCCACCAGACUCUGGAUCUUGGGUAUGGAAGUCCAGUGAAUAUUGGGUGGAAAAUCUUGAGAACCAGAGUUGGGCAUGUUCAGAUGUUGUGCCCGACAGGAGUGCACACGCCUCACUAUCUCCAGUUUCUCUUGUAUUUACUUGGUAUGGAGAGUGCAAUCACGCUAUGGCAGUUCCUGUUGCAGUUGCUUCUGGAUCAGAAACAUGAGCACCUGAUUUGUUGGACAUCUAAUGAUGGUGAAUUCAAGCUACUUAAAGCAGAAGAAGUGGCUAAGCUGUGGGGCCUCAGGAAAAACAAAACUAACAUGAACUACGAUAAACUGAGCAGAGCCCUGAGAUACUACUAUGAUAAGAACAUCAUCAAGAAGGUGAUUGGGCAGAAGUUUGUUUACAAGUUUGUGUCAUUCCCUGAGAUUUUAAAGAUGGAUCCCCAUGCUGUGGAAAUUAGCAGGGAGAGCCUUUUGCUGCAGGACAGCGACUGCAAGAUGCCUCUGGAGGGCAGAGAACAACACAAGCAUAGCUUGUCGGCCCUGAAAAGCACAAGCCGCAAUGAAUAUAUCCAUUCAGGGCUGUAUUCCUCUUUCACCAUCAACUCCCUGCAAAACCAGCCAGAUACGCUCAAGCCAAUCAAAACUGAGAAGCUUGAGGAGAAACUGGAAGGGACCACACCUCUGGAAGAAGUCCGAACUGUCAUAAGAUUUGUGACAAACAAAACAGACAAACAAGUCAUGAGGCCCAUUGUGUCGCUGCCAUCAACAUCAGAGGCAGCAGCUGCUUCUGCUUUUUUAACAUCCUCCGUCUCUGCAAAAAUAUCAUCUUUAAUGUUGCCCAAUGCAGCCAGCAUCUCCUCAACUUCACCAUCUUCCUCUCGGUCUCCAUCUCUGUCUCCAAACUCCCCUCUCCCUUCGGAACACAGAAGCCUCUUUCUGGAGUCCAGUUGCCAGGACUCUGAUUCUCUUGAGCCACUGAACCUCUCUUCAGGAUCCAAGACAAAAUCUCCUUCUCUUCCCCCAAAGGCUAAGAAACCCAAAGGUUUAGAGAUCUCAGCACCUCCCAUGGUGCUCUCAAGUACUGAUCUUGGCUCUAUUGCCCUCAACAGCCCCGCACUCCCUUCAGGAUCUCUGACUCCAGCUUUUUUCACUGCCCAGACCCCAAAUGGAUUGCUGUUGACUCCGAGUCCACUGCUUUCUAGUAUUCACUUCUGGAGCAGCCUCAGCCCCGUUGCUCCUUUGAGUCCUGCCAGGCUGCAAGGACCAAAUACCUUGUUCCAGUUUCCAACUCUGCUAAAUGGUCACAUCCCAGUGCCAAUUCCCAGCUUGGAUGGGGCUUCUUCUCCAGUUCUCCUUUCUCCAAAUUCUCAUAAAUCCUGAUGUCUCCACAAACUAAGGACUCGCUAACAAACUGGAUUUAACACAGCCAUUCUGAUGGGUUUCAUUUUCUGGUGACCCAGGGAGGACAUGAUGAAACCCACUUUUAUUAUGGUUUGCACUUUUCAUUACAUGGAUGAUCUACUUUUUAUUAUGUUUAUUUAGCAUUUUUAAACAGUUUUUUGUAUAAGAAUCUGUUGUGCAUUAAAAUGAAUUAUAAUUUUUUUAAUAUCCUAUCGCUCCAAGUGUUGAACACUGUUUGUUAAUGAAGUAUCUUUCUCGAUUUCAAAACAAUAUCUAAAGGAUGUGAAACUUUUUAAUCCUCUAUUUCUGCAUAUUAUGCAUUGUGCUUGUGUAAACUAUAACCGGCUGUGCCUUCUUUUGCAUAAUGUUAUAUAUAAAUGAUUUAUAUAUUUUCCAGUAUUAAGAUAAAGGUUGAAAAAGGAACCAAGUAUUGAACAGCCUUUCCCCACUUGUAUUUUCCUCCUGUGAUAGGCUGUAUGGUGCAGUAUAUUCGUGUAACUUUGAAUUAAGUGCUUUCCAGUUAUAUAAAGAAACCUAUUUCCUUGCUGAAAGGCCAUAAUAAAUAUUUUGGCCAGUAAGUGCGUUUAAGAAUAGGACACUAUUUAGAUAUAGGUGCUUGAAAUCUUCUCUGUGGUAAGAAGAACAUGGCCUUAAAAUAUUUACAAAAGAUUUUGAGAACAUUCUUAAAGUUAGAAGACAUAUCCUUGCUCAGUACCACUCAUUUUCAUGUAUGAAUCACUUCAAAAAAAAUUUUUUUAACUGAUCUUUGUUUUCCUAAUUAUACUACACCUUACACUGAUUUUUCAAGUGCUUUGUUAAUUAAGGAUGGACUGCAUAUGGCUCCAGUUUUGCACAGUCAAAAUCUAACUUUUUAAACACAAUCUUGGGCAGUAUUGAAAAUGAAUAAAGGGGAAAGUACAGUUUGUAAACAUAAUGGGAACCUAUGAAUACAUAAGAAGCAAAUAAAACAAUACUCAAUCUGUAUUUUUUAAAAAUAUUUCUCCCCUGUACUAACCUGAUAUUAAACCUUGAGUUAGUAAUACCCAGGCUCUGGGUCAUUCCUCCUGCCUAGAACGAAGGCAGCGGAAUAGAACUUGUGUCACUUACUAAAAGAAGUUUAGCAUUACUGUAUGUCCAUCAACUGUAAGCUGCAUGCUUAUUUUAUGAGCAAACUUACUACAGGCAAAUACAGAAAGUAUUCAGAUUGAUUAAAGCUUCUCAGCUCAUACCAUGUCUCCAAUGUUCAGUAGAAAAUGUAUAGAAAUUGCCAUGCUAGUCUCUGUACAGCCUAACUUAAUUCUGCAAUCUAGCUGGCUCAUUGAUCUAGAAACACCUAAACGCUCUGGCAAGGUAGACUCCAGGCUUGGCAGGAGACACAAGUCUUUGAUGUUGUGAAAUUGAAUCCUGUGUGUGUUUGAAUGAAAAUUUCAAACAAGGACAAUGUGCUACAGCUGCUUCUACCUGCUCUUUCUAUUCUGAAGAUUGCAUCAUAGUGAGGUUUGCCUUAACCCUUUCUAGAACCAUAUUUGCUGAUUGAAGAGGGGACCACUGUGCUCCACUCCCUAGUUUUCAUUAUGCAUCUUCCACUGCAUGCCUUCUAUCCUCUUCUACCUUUGAGGGAUGUAUUAUUUUAGACUGCUAAACAUAUCAAAUUAUGUGCAUGGAUAUAUGAUCUUAGAUCUAAAUAUCCCCUUCCUUCAGAUGAAGGACUCCUUCCACUGGAGUGAACUUUUUGAUCCAUCCUGCAUUCAUUGCUGAAUACACUCUUUCCUCACACAAACAUAAUUCUAUUUGCAGUUUUUGUGGGGCAUUUGGGGAUGCAGUAUUUUUAUACAGUGACUCAACAGUUUGUUUAAGUGCCGUUUCUUUUCCUGAUGGUUCUGGUGAUAGUCCCACAUUUAUUUUUAAAAUUGUGAUUCCCAGUUUGCCUUUCAAUGCAGGCCCUCAAAACAGGCAUUAUAGAAAGUUGUUAAAAUAAGCAUCUUAUUUAGUGUAUGCUUGCAUUCUAGAUGAAGCAGCUUAAUAAAAAGAAUGGGAAUAACCCAGGGCUUUAAUAAUUAAGGACCAAAUGUAAUCUUUACACUUUAUCUAUGUUCAAUUGUAUAGAACAAAAACUGCCUUAAAUAGUGAAGUCCCAGCAAGAAAUAUAUUAGAGGCAGAAAUGGGGAAGAAAAUUGUUUCAGUUUCCAACUGCCAAAAACAAGUAGCUGACAUACCACACAAGAGUACAUCAGACCAGUAAAGCUGAUGCACACAAGUUCUGCAAGCACAAAAAUUGUGUAAAUGGUGUUAUGCAAGAGUAAGCCCAUUAUGUGCAACUUGUGUGCAUGCAACAUUACUGGGCUGAUGUACCCUUGCGCGGCAUGUCAGCCACUACUCUUAGGAGUGCAAUCCUAAGCAUGUUUACUGAGAAACAAAUUCCAGAGUUCAGUGGGACUUAUUCCCUAGUAGUUAUGUGUAGGUCUGCAGGUAAACCAAAGUGAUGUGUAGCAAUAGAAAUGGUAUUUGGGGUCAUUAACAAGCAGAAUAAUACAAUCAUACUUUGAGUUGGAAGGAGCCAUGGAAAUCUAACAACAAUGUCUGAUCUGGGUGAUUAAUUUAUGCACAUUAAAAUCCAGUUAAAAAUAGAAAAUUGCAUACGAAACUAUUUUUGGCCUUUUGCAUAGUUUUGGGGAGAUAAACACAACACAUAACAGUAUACUGAUUUCAUUCUUGCUUAAUGUAUGCAUUUUCACAUCAAAUGCAAUCUAUUAUUUCAGUGAAGUUCUUUCUACUCAGACUUACCAAAAUGGAUGAAAUCUUCUGGGUUUACUAGCCAUGAGUUCCACAGUGUUAGGAGGGUGGAACAAGAGCUAUGCCCUUGCAGCGUGACUGCUGUGGAGUUAAGCCAAAACUUGGCUCACAGCCAAGCAGUCAAGAUGGGGGAGCAAUUUUUGUUGCUCUACCCUCCCUCCCAAAAUACUUUUUGGCUUCCAGAAAUAUGUUCCCAGGAACAUAUUUUUGGAAGGCAAAAAAACACUUUUGGAGGGAGGGGAGAACAGUGAAAAUUACCCCCUCCUAAGCAUGCUUGGCUGUGGGACAAGUCUUUGACUGAGCUCCAUAGCAGACUCUUUUGCAGCUCUUGCCCUGCCCUCCCAAUGCUGUGAAAACAUGUCAAUCCACUGAAAUUAAGAUGUAGUCAGAAGAGUUGCAUGGAAGAGUUAAUAUCAAAAGGAGCCUUCAUAUUAAUUUACACUCACCAGACCUCAUUCUUCCUUUGCAAACAGACUAAGAUGCUUUUUCACUUUUUUCAUGUCAUCAGCACUACCUUUUAAAGAAUAAGGCAUCUAACUCAGAGCCUCUUGUUUUCUGUAAAUAUCAGGUGAAUGAACACACUAUUACCUUAUUGUUCACAGUAAAUUAGUAACUUUCUUAGUGCCCACAAAUGGCAUAGCUAAGCUCAUGUCCCUCUCUGCAGCCUGUGCUACUGUAUGAUCAUUAUAACAACUUACUGCAAAAUGUUCAUACAGGAUUGCAGAAUUCUGCUUGUUUUGUGGAAAUAUACCAUCAUGUGAAGACAGAAGAUCAAGGUGUCAGUUUACAAUGCCAAAAUCCCUUACAAUAGCUGCAUAUACAUGUAUUUCCUGCAGCAAAUGCAUACAAUGUGAACAAAAUUGACUACACUUUGUGUUUGCUGUGUGAAAGACCUACAUACACAGCAGUUCGGUUUGCCAUAUGAAGUAUGGAGCCACCCUGUGGCACAUGUGAUGCACCCUGGAGCUGUGGCAAGACUUGAAAGGCAGCCCUGACGCUGUAGAGAAUGGUCCGUUCCUUACUGUCAUGAUUGAGGAAACUGUGGUAGUGCUGUUCAUGUACCGCUCAUUUUCUACAUAGUAUCGGGGCUGCCUUUUGGGUCUUUGGUGCACAGCAGCUCCGUACUGCGAUGCAUCAUGUUGGUGACUAUCUGCACCUGAGAGAUGUAUGUAACGAGACAUAAGAAAGUGUUACAAAGAAAUAUUGCUUAUACAUCACGGUGGAUAUCGCUUAGCAUUCAGUGCUGGCAUUCCAUCAAAAUAGACUAGAAUUGCCCCCUCCCUUUUGGGAGUAAUGUAACUCUGUCUACAGUGUGCACACUAAAAUAAGGCUACAAAAGCUAGAACUAUGUAAAGGAUGGUGCUUUUCCAUACAUACCAUAUUUACCUGAAUUGAAAGUGAUUCUGAAUUUAAGACAACCCCCUUAGAUGUAGAGGUUAAAUAUAGGUUAUACCUGCAUUUACUCAAAAGGAACAGGACUCUGAAUUUAAGAAACUCCUGAUUUCUAAUAUCAAAAAUCCGAGUCUUGGAUUCAGGUAAAUCUAGGAAGAGUUUUGCUUCACAGAGAUGUAACUAAACAACAUGUGUGUCCCAGAGAGCAUAUAAAGCAUAUUUAAUUAAGUGGACUACAUUUAAAGAUUUUGGGGAAUAUUGUUACCUUAGAUUAUAUAGCAGAAACAGUCAGACACAUGAGAAAAUUAGACUGCUUACAAGAAUGUAGUUGGAUGUCUGAAAAUCUGUAGCUGGUAUGGACUGAGCAAGGUACCAGUAACCCAACACAUCCAUGAGGCUAACUUGUUUUUCCAACAAAAAUAUCCUUUAAACCCGAGAAGUCCUUUGAUUAUUUUAAUUCACUCUUUGCAUUUAUAAACCUUGGAAUAUUUUAAAGUUAUUUACUUAACCUACCUCACAGGGCUGUUGUGAGGAUCAGUGUGAUAUUUGUACAAUGCUUUAGAAAAAAAUUAAAAUAUUACAUAAGU